UAUAUAAUUUAGUAAAGCGAAAUAAAUUUAGUUUAGUCAAUAAACAUAAAAGCAAAAAUAAUUUGAGACAUGCCUAGAAAAUGUUCAGUAGGAAAUUGUCGUGGAAACUAUGAUAGUACAGAAGAACGUGUCAAAGUUUACAAGUGAUAAAGAGUUAUGUUUAAGAUGGUUAGGAGCUUUACCAAAUAAAAUUCAAAAUCCAACUAAUAAUAUGGGUAUUUGCGAAAAGCACUGGCCUUUAGGAUGCAGUAUGCAUUAUCCUAAAAGAUCUAAAUAUGAAAUCCUCCAUCAAUAUUUUCUGGUUGUGCUUCUUCAAUGUUACGACAAACAGGCACAAUAUUUCGUUCAACAAUUUUUGCAAAGAUUUCAAUGGAAUCUAGAAACUCAUUACCUGACGAAUUAAGUUUGUUUAACAAGAUAGAUCAUAUAGAAAGUUUUGAAAUAGAACAAUUUCUUAAGGAUAUAAAGCAGCGGUUUCCUGAUUAUUUUGUUACAAGUAUAUCAGAUGUGAUUAUUUUUAAUGUGACAUUAUUCAGUCCACCAGAAAUAAAUCUGUCUGUUAAAGUUAACUGCUUCACUCAACAGAUUAAUGCCUAUAUGAAACAUACCCAAAUUAACUGCAAUGAUAUUCUUGGGUUUUCUCAUAAACUGACACGCUGGUCUCAGUUAGAUGCAGUUAUUUCAAGAUUGAAGUCAGUUACAACUGAAUUGAGUGAAAAAAUAAAACACUUAGCGCAAGAAAUUGAAUGCACAUAUAUAAAAAAAUCUGAUGAAAUAAGUUUUUUGCUUGAACAGUUUUUGCCUAUGAAAGGUAAACAUUAAUCUACACUAGUUUUAAGACGUGCCAUAGAAUUAUACCUCUCAUCAAGAUGCUGCUAUAGAAUUCUUUCUGAUCUACUUUCUCUUCCCCAUCCAAGUACUCUCAAACUUAAAUUAGGCAGAAUCGGUGAGGUAGAAACUCAAAAAGAAUGUACUGAAUGUAUAAAAUGUAUAUUUGAAACACUAUCGAAUUCUGAAAAAUGUUGUAGUCUUCUUUUUGAUGAAAUUUAAACCAAGUAUUCGUUUUCGAGGAUGUCAUUUAGUAUUAUGUUAAAGUAUUAUGUUAAACCAAGUAUUUGUUUCCGAGGAUGUCAUUUAAUAGGCUACAGUGAAGACAAUCCUACUGAAGUUGCAAAGACUAUACUUUGUUUUAUGUUUAAGCCGAUGUUAGGAAAACCAGCUUUUGUUUGUCAUAUGGUGCCAAUCUUUAAGCUUUCUGUUAAUUUUUUACAAAGUUUAAUUGUUCAAAUCACUCAGACAGUAGCAGAACUAGGUGGAGAAAUUUUAUGCCUUAUUUCAAAAAAUCUUGCAACAAACCGUAGUGUCUAUAAAAAUUUUACUUUGAAUGUAAAUAUGCCAUGGUUAGUCAAAAUUAAUAACCAAAAUCUUGUAAUGCUUCAUGAUCCAGUGCAUUUAUUUAAAUCAACUAGAAAUAACUGACUUACUGAAAAGACUGGUACAAUUCAUCUCACACUAAAUGGUCAGUUAUUUAAAGGGUACUGGAAAGAUUUGGUAAGUUUGAAUGAAAAAGAAAAAAAACAACGUUGUCAAGUUAACAAAUCUCUCAUACAAAGUCAUUUUUCCCGGGGCAGUUGAUUGUCAAAAUGUAGCUUAUAUGUGUGCAAUUGUGAAUGAGAGAACUGUAGCUGCUCAUAGAAUGUUCGAUUUCAAGAAGACCAGGGAGUUUCUUGAUAGAGUAUUGUCUGUAUGGAAUUACCUUAAUAUUAAACAAGAAGGAAUGGACAUACGUUUGAAUAAUCCAAUCAGAGCUUCAUACAAAGAUAUCAAUGAUAAGUGAUUUCAGGAAAUGUUGGCAUUUGCUGACAGUGUUAAAGCAAUGCCAGGAGGAAAAAGCUGGAAACGCAAUAAAUCAUUUACAAGCGAAACUAAAAAAGCUUUGUCAAGUACACUAUAUGGAAUUGUACAUUUAGUCAGAAAAUUAUUGACUGAAGAUCAUCAGUGUGUUCUUCCUGGAGUUUUUCAGACAGAUCGAUUAGAAGGAGAGUUUGGAAUAUACAGGCAACUUUGUGUUGGCAAGUACUAUAUUUCGAUAGAAAAAGUUCAAAAUAGUUUGUGUUUACAACCUUUAAAAUUGUUUAGUAAAUUGGAUUCUAUGGAUUUGCCAAUAUCCCAGUGCUCAAUUGUUCAAUCAGAGUGUUGUCACUUAGAACUGUUUGAAGAUGACAUUUAUUAUCUUGUCUCAUCAAUAGAUGCCAUUUCAGAAGAAGAAAACACUGCCCUAUAUUAUAUUUCUGGUUAUAUCCAACAUAAGUUUGCUCCUUGUAUUUCUAUUUCCAGUACCUUUGACACAAAUGCAUUUGAAUUUACAGAUUUAGUUUUCCGUGAUUGACUAUGUCAUCCUACUGAACAUCUAUUUAAGUAUGUCAGUCAUGCUUAUUCUCUUUUCAUUUUAAUACCUAAUGCAAAGACGUGGUUUCAGUGCAUAAAGUAUGUUUUGAAACUUUUUUUGUAUUUGUUUACAGCUCUACCUUUUGAUUUAGAAAAAUUGUCUAUAACCUCAGUUGUCUUCACCAUUUCAAAUUGCUUUUUCAAAGGUUUAACAAAAUUGGAUGGCUCAAAAAAAGUGUUUUUAAACAUCGAUGAUUGCAAAAUAAAAAAAUUUUC